GAGGAGAAGCAGCGCGCGAAGCUCCGGUGGCGGCGGUGGCACAUCCUCACUGACAACGGGCCAGGCACUGUCCCGAGCCCACAGCAGGGCAGCUUCAGCGGGGCACACGCUCUGGAGCCCGCCUGGCAAAAGAUGAGUCAGAUAGCUUGGAGUCAUGCAUAUGUUUUCCAUAAAGGUAGAAUAUUACAGAUCAUUUGAAUAUUUUGUAAAGUGGAAGGACCCUAUGAAUCCAAAACGAAAUUCUAAAUGGCCUAAGAAUAGCCCAAGUGAAGACUCCAUACACCGUAAGAUGGAGGGAAAGAGGCAACUGAAGUGGAGGAAAAAAGGCACAAUCUGGCAACACAGGAGCUGAUGUGGAGAAGCAGAGUGACAAUGACAUUUUGGACCUCAUUGACAGAACUCAUGAGUAUCUGCCUGAGGAGACCGGCAUAUUAGUGGAGGUGGCAGAUGAAGGGGUUGACCACUCGGAAGAUGACCAGAUGUCAGUCAGCAGCGUCAUGUCAGGACCAUCCCGCCGUUAUAACCCCUGUGCUGACAAACCACUGACCCUAUGUCCAGCCUGCCGCAAACUUCAGCAGAAGGCAAAGAGGAUGAAAGCACCUCGCAAGGACAAACUCUUGGACACCAACCCCAAAUCUCUCACAUGUGAUCAAUGGAUUCUGCUCAAACCAUGGAGAAGCAAAAAGAAGUUUGACGGCAGGGGGAAUCAGUUGGGUAUUGUGCAGUCAAUCCACAAACUACUAGUGGUGAAAAAAUCCAAGAAAAAAAAUUAUCUGGGGGCUGAAGAUAUGUGCUCAAGACCGCAUGUAUUUUUACAAAGAAAUCUCUUCCACUGGAUGAAAAAGCCAAUGAUGAAGGAGAGAAAGAAGAACCGGAAGAAGAGGGCUCGAGAAGACUCUCAGGGCACACGUGUGGCUAAACGGAAACGUACCCACAACAACGACCAACCAAUCAGCAACAGCCUUAUUCACAACACUGAGCCAAUAAGAAAUUGUUUCACUCACAACAGCAGUCUUGAUCCGAUAAGUAGUCCCUGCAGCACCUCAUCUCUAGAAAGUGGUCCAGACGACUCUGAUCUGAUGUGCAGGCUGCUCCCUGUGUCUGUCCCCUCUGAAGCAUCGGACAGUUUUAAGGAGGUCACAAAUUGUCAAAUUGUCUCUAAAAAAGUAGGUGGAUUCAAAGACUUACUGGCCCAGCUGAGAGGGAACAACAGCAUGAUCAUCAGAGAGACCCGAUCCUGAGGUGACCCCCACAUUUAUUAAGAAAUGGUGGUGGUCCUAGUUAAAUAGUUAAAAUUAUUUGUUUGAUAAUUGCCUCUUCUCCUUAUACAGCACAGUAACUUGAUAAUCUCUUGUUUCACAAUAUGUUAUUGUAAACCCAGAACCUUGAAUGUUUUUUUUAACCAACACAAGCGCAUUUGUGGGUGCUUUUUUUUUUUUUUUUUAACAACUCUUUUAUUUUGACAUUGGACUAGAGUGUAUACUGUGCAAAACUGAAGCAUUACUAUUACUACUGGUAUUUUUUUUUAAUUCAUGAAGUUUUUCAGUUUUUGUUCAAGUAGAACAAUGUUAAUAAUAAAUAGGUUUGCCCCCUAACAUUAGUUGUACAGUGCAUUUGACCUAUAACCAUAAAAAUAAAGAAAAGUAAAGAGUUGAAAUAAAAUAAGUUGUGG